AUGCUUACGAGAAUAACGCAGAAAAAUAUGAGGAAUUAGACAAUAUAAUCAUAGCAUAAAAUACUUAUAUCAAUAGAUUCUUUGACCAGAUUUUGGCUGAACAUCUCAAUCUCAAAAGACGAACAGAGGAGCAUAAGGACCUUGUGGAUGUUUUACUGGAUGUACAAAAGACAGAGACUGCUGAUAUGCCUCUUACCAUGGAUAAGGCUAUCAUCUUGGACAUGUUUGCUGCAGGAACAAACACAACCUUCAUCACCCUUGAUUGGGGAAUGACUGCGCUUCUGAUGAACCCCCAAGUCCUUGAAAAAGCACGAGCUGAAGUGCGAGCUGUUGUUGGAGACAGAAGAGUUGUGUUAGAGGGUGAUCUGCAACAGCUGGACUAUCUAAAAGCAGUCAUCAAGGAGAUAUUCCGGUUGCAUCCACCUGCACCUGUACUAGUCCCUAGAGAGUCCAUGGAAGAUGUAAUCAUGGAUGGAUACGACAUUCCAGCCAAAACAAGAAUCUUUGUCAAUGCCUGGGCUAUAGGGAGAGACCCAGAAUCCUGUAGCAGUAUUGAUUUCAAAGGGCAGGACUUUGAGCUUAUACCUUUUGGUGCUGGUAGAAGAGGUUGUCCGGCUAUUACAUUCCGCACAGCCAGCAUUGAGCUUGCUCUAGCACAACUUCUGCAUAGCUUUGACUGGGAGCUCCCUGCUGGUACUGAGAAGAUCUAGACUUGGCCGAAGCUUUUGGUAUCACAAUGCAUAGGAUUGCCAGUCUGAUUGUUGUAGCCAGACCGCGAUUUUUCUGAGGCCAAAAA